AUGAGCCCUUCUGGGCGGAGGAUGGACGAAGCGAGCCAGCAGUGGGGGGCUGCCUCCGGCAAGCACCUCCUGCUCCCUGGGAGAAGAGGGUCACCCGGCAGGCGUCUGGGUAGCAGCGGCGCCGGGGCGCAGCGCACCCUGCUCGGGCUCUUCAUGCACGCGUGGCUGUGGACGACCUCGAGCUCAUCCGCCCAGGUGUUCAACCUCAGCCUUUCUGUGGACGAGGGGCUUCCCCCGGACACUUUGGUCGGCGACAUCCGCGCGGGGCUGCCCAUCGCGCAGCAGCAGGAGGGGGGCGGCUUCUUUCUGUCAGAGGACUCAGACGACUCCCCGCUGCUAGAGGACUUCCACGUGCACCCGGACACCGGCAUGAUCCGCACCGCGCGGUGCCUGGACCGCGAGCAGCGGGACCACUACAGCUUCGUGGCCGCCACCCUGCUGGGUGCCGUGGUGCAGGUGGAGAUCCACGUAAACGACGUGAACGAUCACUCGCCCCGUUUUCCCCGCGACUUCCUGCAGCUCGACGUCUCUGAGCUCAGCCCUUCUGGUACCGCCUUCCGCCUGCCAGGUGCCCAUGACCCCGACGCCGGGCUGUUCAGCACACAGGGCUACACCCUGGUGCAAAUGUCCGACCUUCCCGGGGACCUCGCAGGACCGUUCUUCGAGUUGCGCUAUGGGAACCCGGGGCCACCGCUGCCUGCCCUGCUGGGCUCCUCGUCCCCCCUGGAGCCCCUGGACCUGGUACUGCUGCGACGCCUGGACAGAGAGGCGGUGGCGGCGCACGAGCUGCAGAUUGAGGCUUGGGACGGCGGCCAUCCUCGGCGUACUGGCCGCCUGCGGGUGGAGCUCCGCGUACUGGAUGAGAACGACAACCCGCCAGUUUUCGAGCAGGAAGAGUACCGUGCCUCUGUGCGUGAAGACGCCCCACUAGGCGCAGAGGUCUGCCACGUGCGCGCCACCGACCGCGACCUGGGGCCCAACGGCCAUGUGCGCUACCGCCUCCGCGCCCGCCAAGCGCAGGGUGUGGGCGGGGAGACUAUGUGCGACGCGGCCUACUUCGCUGUGGAGGAGCUGAGCGGCGUGGUGCGAGUGCGGAGGCCGCUGGACCGCGAGGCGCACGCCUGGCACCAGCUGGUAGUCGAGGCCCGUGAUGGUGGUACAGAGCCUGAGGUCGCCACUGUGCGCGUGUCCAUCGCGGUGCUGGACGUGAAUGACAACCGACCUGUCAUUCACCUGCUCUUCCUCACUGAGGGCGGCGUAGCCCGCGUCUCCGAAGGCGCCAGACCCGGCGACUACGUGGCUCGUGUCUCGGUGUCGGACGCGGACGGCGACCCGGAGAAGGAAGAGGAGGCUGCUGGGGAGCUUGAUGUGAGCCUUGGAGGCGGAGGCAUUUCUCUGUCCUUGGAGGGCGGGGAGGGAGCUUUCGCACUGAGAGCCGGCGGCGCCCCGAGGGUAUUUUUUCUUUGCGUCCAGGGGUCUCUGGAUAGGGAGAAUCGCGACCUAUAUGAGUUGCGACUGGUGGCCACGGACGCGGGGUCCCCCCCUCUGAGCACCGAAGAGAUACUGCUGCUCCGAGUCGCCGACCUCAACGACCAGCCGCCGCUGUUCAGCCAGGAGCACUACUGGGCGUCAGUCUCAGAGGCCGCGGUCCCUGGCACUUCCGUGGUGUUGGUCAGCGCCUCCGAUGCAGAUGAGCCUGGCACGGAUCGCUCCCGGCUGCGCUAUGCCUUGGCCCAACCCCCGGGUCGCUGUAUUCUAGAGGUUCUGUCGCCCUCAAUGGAGUGCGGACCGUACUUCACCAUUGAUCCUGAAAGCGGUGUGAUCAGCACCAUGCGGACUCUAGAUCGAGAGGUCCAGGAGACAGUGCAACUGAAAGUGGUGGCUCAGGACCUCGGAGAGCCUCCGCUCUCUGCCACCUGUCUGGUGAGCAUCACCGUGGAUGAUGUUAAUGACAACGAACCCAUCUUCUUGAGGCAGGUGUACAAUGCCACUCUUGCGGAGCAUACCCCAGUAGGACACUGCUUUCUGCAGGUAAGCGCAUCAGGCCUGUGGAUCAACUGGGAAGCCACAGGGGAUGUUGGAGAAGUUGUGAGUAUGUCCAAAGAAGUAGAAUUGUGA